AUGGCUCCCAUCAAGGUUGGCAUCAACGGUUUCGGCCGCAUUGGCCGUAUCGUCUUCCGAAAUGCUGUCGAGCACGAUGACAUUGACAUCGUCGCCGUCAACGAUCCUUUCAUUGAGACACACUACGCUGCAUACAUGCUCAAGUACGACUCGACUCACGGUCAAUUCAAGGGCGAGGUCGAGGCCGUCGAGGGCGGAUUGAAGGUUAAUGGCAAGACCAUCAAGUUCUACCAAAAGCGAGACCCUACCGAGAUCCCAUGGGCCGAGACUGGUGCAUACUAUAUCGUCGAGUCCACUGGUGUCUUCACCACCACUGAGAAGGCCAGUGCCCACUUGAAGGGUGGUGCCAAGAAGGUUGUCAUCUCUGCUCCUUCUGCCGAUGCUCCCAUGUAUGUUAUGGGUGUCAACGAGAAGACCUAUGAUGGCAAGGCCGAUGUUAUCUCCAACGCCUCUUGCACUACCAACUGCCUUGCUCCCCUUGCCAAGGUCAUCCACGAUGAGUUCGGUAUCGUUGAGGGCUUGAUGACCACCAUCCACUCCUACACCGCCACCCAAAAGACCGUCGAUGGCCCAUCUGCUAAGGAUUGGCGUGGAGGUCGUACUGCUGCCCAGAACAUCAUCCCAUCCAGCACUGGUGCCGCCAAGGCCGUCGGAAAGGUCAUCCCAUCGCUCAAUGGCAAGCUUACCGGCAUGUCCAUGCGUGUUCCUACCUCCAACGUCUCCGUCGUUGAUUUGACUUGCCGUCUUGAGAAGGGUGCUUCUUAUGAUGAGAUCAAGGCUGUUAUCAAGAAGCAUGCCGAGGGUGAUCUCAAGGGCAUAUUGGGUUACACUGAGGAUGAUGUUGUCUCCACCGAUUUGAACGGCGACAAUCGCUCUUCCAUCUUCGAUGCCAAGGCUGGUAUCUCCCUGAACAACAACUUUGUGAAGCUCGUUUCAUGGUACGACAAUGAGUGGGGAUAUUCUCGCCGUGUCCUCGAUCUCCUCGCCUACAUCGCCAAGGUUGAUGCCGGAAAGUAG